UUCAGUUUGUCCCUUUUCGACGCCCGUUCACAGUUCUAUUUCCGGAAGGUUUUCACAACAAUGGCGACUGCGCAGCACCGCGGCGAAGGGCCUCGGGCUGGAGCAGGAGCGGAGGAGAAGGCAAACGAUGGGAAAUGUAACACUGUCUCCAACAGCCCUGGAGGAGGAGGAUGUGGUGGUGGUGGUGGACUUGGGAAGCGACCAGGAAGCAAGGACGAGCUCCAUAACCAGCCGGCGCCUCCCAAAAUCUCCAAACCCAGCAUCAGUGUCGCUAAGAAGUCUGCUCCUAUUUCCAUCAAGCUAGGAGCUAGCAAACCGAAAGAAGCAGCGCCUGUUCUAACCUCCAAAAAACCUGCAUCUGUUUUUGAUGACGAUGACAGUGAACCAGAGGAGAUGCCUCCAGAAGCGAAGAUGAGGAUGAAGAACAUUGGGAGGGACACCCCAACUUCAGCGGGCCCAAACUCAUUCAACAAAGGCAAGCAAGGUUUCUCUGACCACCAGAAGCUUUGGGAGAGGAAGCUCAAAUCUCAGAUUGAUCAAUAACUCCUGCCAUUAUAACUGCCUUCAAUCCCUUAAAUCUCGUUUCUUGUUUUUUUUUUUCUUCCUGAAAGACUUUUGUAAAAUAUACGUGUACAUAUGUGAUGAAACUACCACACCAACGCCACUUUUAUUAGAUGUAAUAGUUGUUUUUGUUUUUGUUUUUUUGCCACAAAAUCAUAGCCUUUCAUUCAUUUCUGUGGAUGGCGUUGACAGUGAUUCAUAUUUUCCUCCAGAUGUACCACAGUUAUUUGAUCUGAUGUAGUACCAAAUACUGUUUAGACAGACAUUAUUAGCAAUAAGGAAGUAGAUUAUAUUAGAUAAGCUGUAGAGUUCCUGAUGCUGAUAAAAUGUAUCGGAGUAAGAAUGUGUUCUCUGUGCUGUGUGAUGGAAAGAUGAUUAAAUCUAUAUGAUGAGACAUG